AUGGCUUCACCAACCAUGUGUCACGACUCUCAUCCAGCGAAGGAUUCCAGCCCCGAGCCGCUGGCUAUCGUAGGCAUGGCGCUGCGUCUCCCCGGGGGCGUCAACACACCGGAGGACUUCUGGGACUUCCUCCUGAACAAGCAAAAUGGUCACGGCCAGGUCCCCGGGUCCCGGUACAACAUCGACGCUUUCCACCAUCCCUCGCGGACGGGUUCUGUGCGGACGAAGGACGGAUACUUUCUCCCCGAGGAUCCAGCCUAUUUCGACCACCAGUUCUUCUCGCUGAGCCCGUUUGAAGCCGCUCGACUCGACCCCCAACAGCGUCUCCUGCUCGAGGUCAUCUACGAGUGCAUGGAAUCCGGUGGGCAGGUGGGGUGGCGUGGUCAUGGGAGGAAGAUUGGCUGCUUUGUCGGUGUUUUCGGCGAGGAUUGGUACGACAUGCAGUCCAAGGACACGCAGAGAAUCGACCGGUUACAUGUGCUCGGAACAGGAUACUUCGCGCUCUCGAAUCGCAUCUCCUAUGAGUUCGACCUCACAGGGCCUAGCAUGACAUUGGCGACGGGAUGUUCGUCGUCCAUGGUGGGGCUGCAUGAAGCCUGCCAGGCGAUCUUAUCUGGAGACUGCGACUCCGCGAUUGUGGCUGGCACGAACCUUAUUCUGACUCCGACCAUGACCACAACGAUGUCCGACAACCUGGUGCUAUCGCCCAGCGGUAUUUGCCGUACCUUCGACGCUGGAGCUGAUGGCUACGGUAGGGCAGAGGGAGUGAAUGCACUGUAUAUAAAGCGUCUUGCUGAUGCCGUGCGCGAUGGAGACCCCAUCCGCGCGGUCAUCCGCGCCACAGCGACUAACUGCGAUGGACGGACUCCAGGAAUCACUACCCCCGGCUCAGUCACACAGAUGGCGCUUGUUAGAGAAGCGUACAAGCGCGCGCAGAUCCAGAAAAUCACAGACACAGGUUUCUUUGAGUGCCAUGGCACGGGCACAGUCGCUGGAGAUACUGCGGAGACAUCGGUGGUUGGGGAGCUUUUCCGCGAAUCUGGCGUCAUUAUCGGUUCGGUGAAACCGAACAUGGGCCACUCAGAGGGCGCAUCGGGAAUUACGAGCAUAAUUAAGACUGCUCUGGCACUCGAACAUCGCACCAUCCCGCCGAACAUCUUCUUCAAGGCCCCCAACCCGAGCAUACCGUUCGAGGAAUGCAAGCUAGUCGUACCAGUCGAUUCUAUGCCAUGGCCAUCGCAUAAAGAGCUCCGGGCCAGUGUCAAUUGCUUCGGUAUUGGGGGUGCAAAUGCGCACGCUAUUCUCGAGCCGGCUCCAACAUCGUGUCGAGGAACUCAGGCUGUAGUCUCCCAAUCUUCUCACAGAACGACAAAGAAGCUGCUGGUCUUGUCUGCAACAAGUGCACAAGCUCUCUCUGAACGCGCCCGAAGGUUAGAGGAGUUUUUGGCAAACAGAAGCCAGGAUUUAAAUGAUGUUACCCACACCCUUGGGGUGAGAAGGGAGCAUCUGAAGUACCGCACAUUCGCGAUUGUCUCUUCCGAUACCGAGGUUGGCUUGCAAGAAUUGCCUCUGGAGGCUUCACCGUCUCCUGAAGUCACUUUAGUGUUCACGGGCCAAGGCGCACAAUGGGCGGGAAUGGCUCGGGAGUUGCUCGAAAAUAGUGAAGACUUCAAAAGUGACAUCCAACACAUGGAUAAUGUGCUGAGAUCUGCAAAGCCUCCUCCGUCCUGGUCGAUAGCAGAGACCCUGCUAGCCCCAGAGGCGCAAUCAAAGAUUCACGAUCCAUGUCUCUCUCAGCCUGUUUGCACGGCAAUACAAAUUGCAAUAACCAACCAACUUAGAGAUUGGGGACUCAAAGUUUCGGGUGUGAUAGGACAUUCCAGCGGUGAGAUCGCGGCAGCUUACGCGGCUGGAGCCAUCUCGCUUCGCAGCGCAAUAAUAAUUGCCUAUCAUCGUGGAAGAUUAGCCCAAAAUGUGAGCGAUGGAUCUAUGGCUGCAGUUGGUCUCUCGCGCAAGGAAGUCGAGCCUUGGUUGGCAGAAGGAGCUGUAGUAGCCUGCGAGAACAGUCCUCAGAGCAUCACAAUCUCAGGCGACACAAAGGCGGUUCAUUCGACCAUCGACGCAAUUCGUACCGCGUACCCAGACGCAUUCUGCCGGACUCUCAAGGUCACCAAGGCCUAUCACUCUCCAAAGAUGCAGCCCAUGGCCGCGGACUAUGCCGCAGCUAUUGCUCCCGAAAUUGAGAUAGUCGCCACACAUAUGCUGCCGAUGUAUUCCACCGUGCUCGGUGAGGUAAUUAAUGAUCCCGCUAGGCUAGAUAGUGAGUACUGGAGCCGUAACUUGAUCUCUACCGUCGAGUUCAGCAAGGCAAUGAAGGACAUGCUCCGGUCCAAGCCCGACCAUGAUCGACUUUUUAUAGAGGUCGGACCUCAUAGUGCACUUCAGGGACCGCUGCGUCAGAUGUUUGACUCAACCAAAUCCAAGGGACAGAAUUGGUACAUUCCGACGUUGGUACGGGCUCUGAGUGGAGAGGAUGCCCUGCUUCGUGCAGCUGGACUGGCCUAUAGCCGAGGGGCUGAGAUCGAUCUUCUGCGCAUCAACGGCCCCGGAGAGGUUGUUGACUGCCUGCCACGGUACCCAUGGCAACAUAUUGAGCGGCACUGGAGCGAAAGUCGGCUGAGUGAGAGCUGGCGACAGCGCGAGUUUCCUCACCAUGAGCUUCUCGGAUCCAGAGUACUCGAGUCAAGCUCUCUAGAGCCUUCGUGGAGGAAUGUACUCCAAAUCCACGAUUGCACCUGGUUAGGGCAUCACAAGUUAUUCCGAGAUACUGUUUUCCCUUGCGCCGGAUAUGUAGCGAUGGUCGGGGAAGCCAUCCGACAGCAUUGUCACUGUGAGGGAUAUGAGAUCCGCAACAUGAUCCUCAAGAAGCCACUGUUCCUCCAGGAAACAAGCGGCACCGAGGUCCUCACGUCUCUGAAGCCCGAGAGAUUGAGCGAUAUUGCUGACUCCGAAUGGUUUGACUUUACUGUUCUUGCCUUAGAUGGAACUGAGUGGGGCAAGUACUGCCAUGGUCAAAUACGGGCUAUUUCUCCGACAGCAAUACCGAAAGUCAGCAAACAGCCACGCUGGACCCGGAAAGUGGAGCCCGCGGAUUGGUAUCAGUUCCUGGCUCGUGUGGGGCUGAAUUAUGGGACGAGCUUCCAGCGAAUGAAGGAGAUAUCGGUCGACCCGGUGGAGCAUCUGGCAAAUGCAACUGUGCUCGAGAGCACUAGCGACUAUGAAGGCGAUUAUCUGGUACAUCCAACGGUGAUUGACCACUGUCUUCAACUAUUGUCAGUUGCUGUAGUCAAUGGGAUUCGGAGACAUGCCACCUCGUUGGCCAUCCCGGCCUCCAUUGACCGGAUUAGCAUCACGCGUACUGAAGGGGAUAUGUGGAUUCAAGCAGACACAUGCAGCACCUUAUCAUCGACGAGCAUGUCCGGAGAUGUCAGUAUGCUUAGCAAGGCGGGACCAGCCCUGGUGAUCGCCGGAGCGACUUGUAUAUCUCUCGUCAAUGAUGAGCCGGAUAGGGAAAGCCCAAUCCCUCUCAUGUCUCAGUUGGAAUGGGCACCAUGUCUUGACCUCAUCUCGCCGGCAGAAUGGCUGCCUCCCAAGUGGGAGGAACGGGGUGUGUCCCUGAUGGCAGAACUGACAUGUUUCUACAUCUUAGAAACCACAUCCCAGAUUGCAGGCUUGGUACCCGCGAAUACACACCUGGCAAAGUAUCAGUCAUGGCUGAUGAGAACGCACGAUCAACUCUCCAAUAAAACAACGCAAACAUUUCUCCAGAUUCCCUGGCAAGACAUGACCAGUAAUGAGCGACAUGGUCAAGCCGCCGAGAUUCGAGAGCAGCUCACGCUGCUAGGACGAGGUGUUGACAGGCUAGAAGAAGUCUUGAGACGAGUAUCUGAGAGUGCAAGCCAGAUUAUACAGGGUCACGUUGCUCCACUUGAGGUUCUGUCCAUGGAUAUCUUGCGAGAUGUGUAUGACUUUAAUAGCUCGCUCUCGGACUGGAAGCCAUUCUUGUCUCUGGUCGGCCACUGGAAUCCUCGCCUCAGGAUUCUGGAGAUUGGAGCUGGCACAGGGGCCACCUGCGCACAGGUAAUCGCUGCGUUGCGGUCGAAGGGUGGAGAGAAAACAUGGGCCAGUUACACCUUCACUGACAUAUCGCCGGCUUUCUUUUCAACUGCAGCAGAAAGAUUCAGCGAGCACGAGAACAUUUUGUUCCAGACGCUUGAUAUCACUCAGGAUCCUCUCCAGCAGGGAUUUACUUCGGCUUCAUACGACCUGAUCAUCAUCUCUAACGUCAUCCAUACCACACCUUCGCUCGGCGGUGCAUUAAAGAAUGUUUACAAGCUCAUGGCUCCCGCAGGAUACCUUGUGCUCCAAGAGCUCUGUCCCGACACCCUGUUCACCGAUUUCGUCAUGGGCACGAUACCUGACUGGUGGAAUGGUGAAAGCGAUGGACGAAAACUGUCUCCGUACGUCAAGCCGGAGCGAUGGCACAACGAGCUUCUGCAAGCGGGGUUCACUGGAGCAAUGUGCGUGGCGCUAGACAACAAGCCUCCAUACCAGCAGAAUGCCAACAUAAUCUCACGUCGACCCGCCGAGUAUCUGCCGGCACAAAAGAUCACCCUCGUCUCGGUCAGCGCCGAAAGUACUAUUCCAUGGGAGAAAAGGCUGGAGGAAACACUUUUGGGACAGGGCUACCACGUAGAUUGGGCCACACUGCAUUCACUACCUGCGAACACAGAAUGUCUCAUCUCUCUCCUCGAUCUGCAUGCGCCUGCAUUGCAUGAUAUGGACGAGGCCCGGUUCGAGCAGAUGAAAAGUCUAUUCUCGAUCAGUUCUAAUAUGCCCCUCAUACAUUUAACGCGCAGUGUGCAAACCACCUGUCGUGAUCCUAGGUUGGGUCUGGCCCUAGGUUUUUCCCGAACUCUGCGAAGGGAGAUAGUUGGAAAGAUCGUCACAGUUGAGCUUGAUGCAUUGAAUGAGGGAACUUGUCGAGCGGUCGUGGAUAUAUACCACCGGACACGACAGAAGGUCCCGAAGGAGACUCUGAUAGACGACGAAUAUGUGGUUCGUAAUGGCCAGGUCUAUACUAGCCGAGUUCACUGGCACACGCUCAAAGAUCAACUGCAAGAAGAGCCUAAGUUGGAGGCACCACGCUGCUUGUCUGUUCAACGGUAUGGGCUUGUUGAUAGCCUAAAUUGGAAAGCUAUUCCAGAUGCAAAGCCGGUGCUUGAGCCUACAGAGCUUGAGAUAGAUGUCCAUUACGUUGGACUGAACUUUCGGGAUCUCAUGGUUACUCUGGGUGUCAUGGGCGAUGCAAGUGAGCUCGGGAUAGAAGCAAGUGCUACCGUGCGCAGAGUGGGUGACAAGGUCACGCGGCUUAAAGCUGGGGACCGGGUGGUAGUCUGUGGUAAGGGUCUGUUUCGAACACGGGCGCACUUUCAGGAGCACGAAUGUACCAAGAUUCCUCCUGGGCUGUCUUUAGAGGACGCGGCGGCGGUCUCGGCGGUAUAUGCAACAGCGUUCUACGCCUUGAUUACUGUCGGUCAGUUACAGCCUGGCCAGACUGUUCUCAUCCAUUGUGCCACCGGGGGUGUGGGCUUGGCCGCCGUUCACAUAUGCCAGGAAAUUGGCGCAACCAUUUACGCCACUGCAGGCUUGCCUGAAAAACGUGGCUAUCUGCAUACCGAGUAUGGGAUUCCCGCGGAGAACAUUUUCACCUCUCGAGACGAUUCAUUCUGUCAAGGUGUCAUGAGCAGAACAGCCGGAGUAGGGGUAGAUUUGGUUUUAAACUCACUGGCCGGAAGCCUGCUUCAUGCAUCGUGGCAGUGUGUUGCCAAGUUUGGAAAAAUGAUCGAGCUAGGAAAGCGAGACUUUUUGGCGCGUGGAAGCUUGAGCAUGGAUCUUUUUAACGGCAAUAGGUCUUUUUUUGGUGUCGACAUGCUGAGCAUCAUGGCAGAACAGCCCAGGCUGUCACAGCGAUUGAUGGACCAAUUUGUUGAGUGGUACAAGGACAAUAAAGUACGACCGAUCCGGCCGCUUCGACUGUUCACAGCCAGCGAGGUAGCUGAGGCUUUCAAGUAUAUGCAAAGUGGCAACCAUAUGGGCAAAAUCGUGGUCAAGAUGCCGACAGUGGGGGACGGGUUAUGCACGAGCCCAGUCAAAAUACCUAUGACUCUAUCGGCAGACAAAUCGUACUUGCUGGCGGGUGGACUAGGUGGCAUUGGACGCGCCGUGGCGAAUUGGCUUGUCGAAAAAGGAGCUCGCCACUUGAUCUUCCUCUCACGAUCGGCUGGUCGGCGGGCGGAUCAUGAACGGUUCGCUUGCGAGCUAGCACGGCAGGGCUGCGGAGUCGAGAUGGUUUCCGGAGACGUUGCUCGGCUGCAGGAUGUCGAAGUGGCUCUGUCAAAGGCAGCCGGGCGAGCAAUUGGAGGGGUAAUUCAGAUGUCCAUGGUGCUUCAGGAUGAGAGCUUAGCCAAGAUGACGCACAGUCAGUGGCUGCAGACUAUUAGACCCAAGGUCGAUGGCACAUACAACUUGCAUUGGGCGUUAGAGGCGCACGAAUCCAGCCUCGACUUUUUUGUUCUGUUUAGUUCUAUGUCCAGCAUGGUUGGCACAGUCGGACAAUCGAACUACGCAGCAGCAAACUCUUUCCUCGAUGCAUUCGUACUGUAUCGUCGCCAACUAGGCCGCAUCGCGUCGGUGCUAAACCUGGGCGUGGUGGAGGACAUCGGAUGCGUGCAUCAGGACCAGGCCACAUUGAACCGGGUCAGGUCAACUGGAGCGCGUCUCCUACGUGAGGAAGAUGUCGUGAACGCACUCCAUGCAGCCAUUCUAUCCUGCAGAUUGCCACCAGAUCCCGCCAAGAUGAUCUCGAGUGUGAUGAUGGUCGGAGUGGGCUCCGUCAAGCCCCUCUCGGCGCCGGGCGUAACUCCCUUGUGGGGACCGGAUAUCAGGUUUUCGAUGUAUGAGAACCUGUAUGGGCAAGUUGGACAAGAUACGGAAACAGAUGAGACAGACCUGAAAGGGUUUUUCUCUGAAAUACAGAGUAACCCGGAUCUGCUAGAUGAUCCUGCCACAGAACUACGUAUCAUGUCCGAGCUGUGCAAUUUGAUCAACGCUCAUAUGUCUCGCGACGGCAAAGACAACGACGACAUGGCCAACAUUGCAAUUGACUCGUUGAUGUCGAUCGAGAUUCGGAAUUGGUUUCGCCGGCAACUCGGAAUGGAAAUCAGUCUGACUGAGAUUUCGAAGGCGGGCACGGUUGGAGGGCUCAGUCGCGUGUGCGUGGCUACACUCAGAGAGAGGUAUUCUGUGCCGAGUAAAGACACAGAAAAGAUCGAGAAAUAG